AUGGACGCUAGCUAUAAUUAUGAUUAAUAUGCUUAAAAAGCAUACUCAGCAAAUGUGUUUAAAGUGGAUGAAUCUGAAUUUAUUAUAGAAAAGAGAUAUAAGCCAACAUAACAGUGUAUUUUUUCUUCAUGAUUUCAGUGGGAAGUGGUGCAUAUGGUAUAGUAAUUGGUUGUGAAGAUACAAAAGCAACAGUACCAGAAUAAAAAAUGGUGGCUAUAAAAAAAAUUGAAAGAACAUUUGAACAUCGAUUUUAUGCUAAAAGAACACUAAGAGAGUUAAAGAUUUUAAGAAACUUAAGGCAUGAAAAUGUAAAUUUCUUAUAAAAAGAAUUUAGAUUGUUAAUUUAAUCACACUACAGUUACCUAAAUCAAGAAAACAUUUUUAUGAUAUGUAUAUACUACACUUAAAUGCAUUAAUAGUUAUUGUGUAACAGAACUAUUGGAUACUGACUUAAAACGAGUAAUUGAUAAAGAACAUGCAAAAUUGAAUUAAGAUCACUUUAAAUUGUUUCUAUAUUAAAUUCUAAGAGCCUUAAAAUACAUGCAUUCUGCCAAUAUUUUACAUAGAGAUCUGGUAUUAUCAUAAAAAUUAAUAUAGAAACCAACAAAUUUGUUAUUAAACAAAUAAGAUUGUAUGUUAAAAGUCUGUGACUUUGGAUUGUCAAGAGCUUUAUUAUAGACAACUAAAACACAAUAACAAAACCCUAAUAUCAUGACAGAUUAUGUUGAAACUAGAUAUUAUAGAGCUCCAGAAUUAUUAUUAGGACUUAAAACUUAUACUUAAGCAGUGGAUAUAUGGAGUGUAGGAUGUAUAUUUGCAGAAAUAGUUAGAGGAAAGACUUUAUGGAGAGGAUAAAAUUGUAAUUGAUAUUCAUUAUUUUAGCUAAGUAAUAAAUUAAAAUGAUUUUUGAAACUCUUGGAACUCCAUCAAAGUCAAAGAUAAUGUAAGUUUAAGAUACUUUUGUAUCAUCUAAAUUGAUUGAAUUAGUUUCAGAAUUAGGAACUUUAGAAAGAGUUCCUUGGGAUAAAGUUGUUAAAGGUUUGCCUCCUGAAGGAUAUGAUCUUCUUGAAAAACUAUUAGAAAUUGAUUAUAAGAAAAGGAUAACAGCAGCUGAAGCUUUAAAGCAUCCAUAUUUAAAAGAAUUACACAAUCCAAGUGAUGAAGUAUACAAUUUAUUCUUAUUUAUAUAGCCUACUAGAUCUCCAGUAUCCAAUAUGGAAUUUGAAUUUGAAAUGUAUGAGUUUACUAAUGAAUAACUCAAAGGUAAUAAGAUAUCUUAUUUUAGAUAUGAUAUAUGAAGAAAUUCUUUUGUAUCAUUUUCCUGAUUUUAAGAAAUAAUAUGAAGACAAGAUAACCAAUAAUUAAAGUGUGAUAAACCAUAUUUUGAAGGGUGAAAAUGCUAAAGUUAUUGAUCCUGAAGCAGAUGACGAUUAUCCCAUUUGA